AUGAAGUUCAUUGUAGGUCAGCAACAUCAAGGAGACUUCAACGCAACAAAUUCCAUAAAAGCAAACCAGUGA